AUGGCACCCGUUCAGAUCAAACAAGAAGAUAUUACUAGUGACUUAGACAAAACCAUCAACCAACUCCUCGAAACCCAAAUUUUUGGUCAUGGUGGUCGUAAACCCGGUACCAAUGCCGGUAAGUCUAUCGACUGGUCCCAUAAGCUUCCAGAAGGUGCUCGCAAGAGAUUUGAAAAGUACAAUAUCGAUUUGUCCGGAGGUUAUCCAGUUACCCCCAAAAAGGAAAUCAUCCCCAGAUUUGUUGAUGAGGUGUUUGCUCUUAGAGGACAAGACUAUCCUUAUGUUGAAAGAGGUAAGAAUGCAGACCCAGAAAAGAAGGCCUUAUUUGGAGCAGCUAAGGAAGUCAGACAUUUAACCAAGCACAUUGGAACUGAAAUCGUCGGGUUGCAAUUGAGCGACUUGACCGACCAGCAAAGAGAUGAAUUGGCUCUCUUGAUUGGUGAAAGAGUUGUUGUAUUUUUCAGAAACCAGGAUUUAUCCCCCCAGAAGCAAUUGGAAUUGGGUAAAUACUAUGGUCAAGUUGAAAUCCAUCCUCAGGUUCCUCGUGUUCCAAACGAUAAAAAUGGAGACGAUUUGAAUGGAAUUAGUACCAUUUGGCAGGACUACUUGAUUGCUAACUUUGGAUUACCUUUGACGUUCAAGAAGGCUGCGUUCAAUGGAAACAGUGUCUGGCACACCGAUUUGGUCCAUGAAUAUCAACCGGCUGGUAUAACCCACUUGCAUCUUGACUCGAUUCCUGAUGUCGGAGGUGAUACCUUAUGGGCUUCUGGUUAUGCUGCAUACGAUAAAUUGUCACCAGCGUUCCAAAAGUUUUUGGAUGGAAAGAAGGCUAUUUUCCGUUCUGCCCACAAGUACUUAGACAGAGAAAACCCAUUGGCAGGUCCUCAGUUUGUUGAAAGAGAACAUUUACUCGUGAGAACUCAUCCUGCCACCGGUUGGAAAUCCUUGUAUGUCAACAGAGGAUUAACUGUUAGAAUUGUGGACUUGGAACCAGAAGAGUCCAAACUUAUCUUGGAGUACCUCUACGGAGUGUAUGAAAAGAACCACGAUAUCCAGGUGAGAUUCAACUGGAAAUCUGACUCUGGGUUGGGAACUUCUGCCUUAUGGGACAACAGAAUUAGUCAACACAAUGCUGUUUGGGACCAUGAAGGUGAAGAAGCUAGACACGGUACUCGGGUCACCUCUUUGGCUGAAAAACCUUUCUUUGAUGAGAAUUCAAAGUCUCAAAGAGAAGCCUUGGGCCUUCCUUUGAACUAAGUAGAAUUUAGGACAAUAAAUUAGUACUU